AUGACAGAAACCAAUAAAAAUGUUGAUGCUUUAGAAAAAAUCAAUCAAAUGUCAAGUGCUGACUAUUAUUUUGAUUCAUAUUCACAUUUUGGUAUUCACGAAGAAAUGUUAAAAGAUGAAGUUAGAACAUUAGCAUAUAGAAGAGCAAUUAUUAAUAAUAGAAAAUUAUUUGAAGGUAAAGUUGUACUUGAUGUUGGUUGUGGUACAGGUAUUUUAUGUAUGUUUGCAGCUCAAGCAGGUGCAAAGAUGGUAAUUGGUGUUGACAAUUCAGAGAUGUUACCAAUUGCUCAAAAGAUUAUUACAGCCAAUAAUUUCGAUAAAACCAUCACUUUAAUUAAAGGUAAAAUGGAAGAAGUCGUAUUACCAGUUGAUAAAGUCGAUAUCAUCAUCAGUGAAUGGAUGGGUUAUUUCAUGUUAUACGAAGGUAUGUUAGAUACUGUACUCUACGCUCGUGAUAAAUAUUUAGUACCAGGUGGUGUAAUUCUUCCAGAUAAAGCAAGUUUAUAUAUCACUGCUAUUGAAGAUCAAGAUUAUAAAGAAGAAAAAAUUAAUUAUUGGAAUAACGUUUAUGGUUUUGAUAUGAGUUGUAUUAGAGAAAUUGCACUCAAAGAACCAUUAGUUGAUGUUGUUCAACCAAAUAUGAUUGUUACAAAUGAUUGUUGUAUUUUGACUGUUGAUAUUAUGACAAUUACAAAAGAUGAAUUAAAAUUCAGAUCAGAUUUCAAAUUAAAAGCAUUAAGAGACGAUUUAAUUCAUGCAUUUGUUGUAUAUUUUGAUAUUGAGUUUUCAAAAGGCGAUAAACCAGUUUGUUUCUCAACUGGACCAAAAGCAAAAUAUACUCAUUGGAAACAAUCAAUCAUGUAUUUUGAAGAUCAUAUUAAAAUUCAACAAGGUGAAAUCAUUACUGGUACUAUGGAUUGUGCUCCAUUUGAUAAAAAUCAAAGAGAUCUUAAAAUUAAAUUAGAUUUUAACUUUGCUGGUGAAUUAAUGAAAAGUUCUUCUUCUUUAGAAUACCAUAUGAGAUAA